AUGGCGCAGACCGUGGGACUUUGUUGUCAAAAAGUCAGUGAAGCUGAAGCCAUGUUUACCAAAGGGGUGAUGGACCUUUUCCUAAGCAAUGAAAUAUACGGUAUCGAACGUUACGAACGCAUGGCUGUUCUCAGGAAAGGGGGUGCAACAGUGACAUUGACAUUUGAUACUGUCGAGACAGUUGCACAAGCAGCAAAAGUGGCACAGACCCAAGGUGUCGACUUUCGAGCUUUGGUCGAGGUAAAUGUGGGACAAGAUCGAUGUGGAGUUGACACGGUGGACGAAGUUCUUGAGUUGGCAAAAAUGAUCGAGUCGUAUGCUCCACAUUUAGAAAUGAUGGGGAUCCAAGCGUAUCAUGGAGCGGCACAGCAUAUUCGCAACUAUGAUGAGAAGAAAAAGGUGAUUGCGGGUGUUGUUGACAAGGCUAAGCGUGUACGGGAUGAACUGGUGAAGCACGGACUCAACUGUCAAGUGAUUACGGGAGGAGGAACGGGAACGUACCUGCUGGAAGCGGCAAGUGGAGUUUUCACAGAGGUGCAGCCGGGCUCGUACUUGUUCAAUGAUGCUGACUAUGCAAAAAACCUUGGAGAGGAUGGAGAGUUUGUGCGUGAGUGGAAGCAAAGUCUGUAUGUGCUCACGACGGUGAUGAGCACGAAUGUUAAAGCUGCGGUGCCGCGUGCAGUCGUAGAUGCUGGUACGAAGGCGGUAUCGCUGGACUCGGGCUCGCCACUUGUACACACUUUGAUCGAUGGAAAGAAGCUGCCGACGACGCUUGAAUAUUAUAACGGUGGGGAUGAACAUGGGAUCCUAAAACCAAACCAGAAUGCUUUAAACACUCACAAGUUGGAGCUUCCUGCUCUCGGCACUAAAUUGCUGCUUAUUCCAGGUCACUGUGAUCCGACUAUAAACAUGUACGAUCACAUUGUGGGCUACCGUGGCAACCGUGUCGAACACGUAUGGGAGAUCGAGGCGCGUGGUCCUGGCAACUAG